GCCUCCAACCACCUCAUCCGUGUGUUACUUUUCGAGACCGCCUCUAAUUUGACUCACUAAGUGGAGUUUAUUUCGCUUGUAAUGUGUUGGGAAACUGCUCUGCGACUGACUGGUGAUCAUUCCAGAGUGUACCCUGCCUCUUGCCCAAAGUUACUUGGGAUAGGCUCCAGUUUGAGGACCAAGGAUUGCCAUAUUUUUACAAAAAAAAAAAAAAUAAAUAAAGGGUAUGACUGUAUUUAAACUUAUUUUCAACAAGGUCAUUUAUAAUUUGUUAUUAUUACUAAAUAGCAGUGUACUUAUUAGCUGUCUGGGGGCGUGUUACUCUAACAGUGAAGUGUUUUCCAGUCAGUCGGGUAAGUAUAUCGUAGCUCCAUGGAUAGACAAGAUGCAUAAUGCAAGAUAAAUGUCUAAAGUGAUUGGAAAAAAGCAGCCCUGCCUUCAAACAUGUACUGUAUGAUUUAAAAAUAUAAACGUGUACAGUACAGUACCUAGAUUUGCUCAAGAAUGUAAUCGCACAGAACGCUCUGAUAGAGGGCAAGAUUACAGGACAACAGAAACAUGUUCAGUGUUGGACAACACUAAUCAAAUUUUAGCUAACAAAAGAACUGAGUAUUUGUACAAGAAAAAAAAAGUUUAAAAAGAAGUUGUUGAAAGCUAUGAACUACGAUUUUAUGAGCGCUAAAAAGAGUCAGAGUGAGAGGUCUUGCUGUUGUGUGCGGGGUGGGCGGGAGGGUACGUGGGAGCAAAGCGGAGAGACGGUGAGCGAGUCAUGUUUGCAUCCAAACCAGCCAAUAAGAUUGUGUUUACAUUAAACGACGGUCUCGUUGGACCAAUCAGAAGUCCCCAUUCCCGUGUGAGACUUUCCCGGCACCCAAUGGCAAUCCGGGACAAAGGAACCGACGGAAACCACAAAAUACGAAAAGUGUGUACCUGUGGGUCAAAGCAGCUUCACCCACGGGACGGUUAGAAAGGUGAAGAAGCAAUGGCGCUGUCUCAGUGCCUGGACGACUCACUCUUAAGGGCGAAGGCAACAAACACAGGGGCCGCGUUGUGUGACCUCCAGGAGGUGUACAACGAGAGACACCGGCUCGCCUUGGAGGAGCUGCUGUCCGGGGGGGUUGACAGCUUUCUCGCUUUUCUUAGGAAGGAGUCCAUCGCCAACUUCCUGUCUGACGAUGAGCUCCAGUGGAUCCGGGGCGCCGCCGUGGCUCCCCGGCGCGUGUCGGUGCUCGGCGAGGACCAGGCCCCGCCGGAGCAGUCUUUCAGCAGCUCGAUUGACUGUUCGUCGGUGACUUACUUCCCCGAGGUGUCGGACGUGGAGCCGCCGCCGCUGGAGAUCGGCUGGCCCGCCUUCACUGCGGGCUCUUACCGGGGAGUCACCAGGGCCGUGGCUCACUUCCAGCCAAGUUAUGGGGUUAACAUCUACGCCUGCAAAGAAGCUGCAAGGAAAAUGAUCAGCAGUGCCAGAGAGGUGAUUGCCAUAGUUACGGAUUCCCUGACAGACCUGGAUAUCUUUAAGGAUCUUCAAGAGGCAUGUUCUGUCCGCAAAGUCCCCGUUUACAUUCUGCUGGACCAGUCAAGCUGUUCCGCUUUCCUCAAGAUGUGCAGAAACAUUAGCGUUAGCUUGGAUGACCUUCAGCAAAUGAGAGUGAGAACCAUAACUGGCACGACUUAUUACACAAGAUCAGGAGCAAGAAUCACUGGGAGAGUUCAUGAGCGCUUCAUGCUGAUUGAUGGGAACCGUGCAGCUACAGGUUCAUACAGGAGGUCGGGACCUGACAGUGACGACGAUGAGCAGCCAAGUUGCAGUUGUACAACAGAAAUAGAGAGUGGCCACUGGGUCGAUGCGACUGCACCGCCUGCAGAAGAGACGACAGAAUACCGCGCAGAGCGGAUUGGAAAUACAGACUGGUUCAACUGGACUGAUGGCAAAUUGAACACCAGCAACUUAAUCGAGCUUUCUGGUCAAAUAACAGAAAAGUUUGACGAAGAGUUCCGGAUUCUUUAUGCACAGUCUCUUCCCUUGAAUAUCCGAGGACCUGCAAGUGUACAAAACAGUGCGAUCCUUGAGCACAUUCCUAGCAAGCAUCUGCUCACCUCCUCCCCAUACCUGAGCAGGGUGAGGUCCUUGGAGCAAGUGUUUCUGACCAGCACACCAGGCCAUAAAAUCAGCACUUCAUCCUUCCAGCCUCCCUGUGAGGGCUCCGCUCCAGAGGUGGGUCAAAGCAACAGCGGAGCAUCAAACACUUCUACUAUUGGCGAGGCCUGGUUGGAUCAGCGGCGAAUGCAAGAAGAAAUCCUGGCCUGUGUUCUGAUUCCCCCAGCAGAGGAGUCUGCAACAAGCAAGCCUUUACCCCUGGGUGUAGUGUCCUGCCACGUGGCCACUCAGACCAGUUUAUCAGUGGAAGACGGUGACGCGCAGACAGACCUCCAACUCACGCAGGACCCAAAUCUCACACUCCGCCAGAACAAGGCCUCCUCUCUCAGGCUGAUCAUCCCCACCCAGGCAGCUCCAGCUGGCACCCUGAAGAACAGCCUCAGGAAUCUGACCAAAGAGCGCCAACACCACUACUCAGCCAUCCGCUCCAAGCUGGAACACAUGAUGGCCACCGUGUCACAACGGCGAGAGCUAGCAGACAUUGGCGUUAUGACUCAAGGUCGACGGGGGGUAAACAAAGAGAUGCUGGGGGGAGACCCUACCCUUGCUGAGAAUGCAGUCAUGGUCACCUGGCCAACAGCCAGAUGUGUACACUAGCUUUACCCCCCCCCCCCCCCCCCCUGUAUGUCCCCGGUUUGGGACACUUGGAUAAGGGCUGCUGCAGGGUUCCUUUAGACUGCUGUACUAGAAUGUCAUCUGUUUUACAUUGGCACUUUGUUUUUGUCUGGUGCCAAAUUGUUGCCUUUCUGUUGUGUUUUUAUGCCCUGUUCAUACAAUUUUGGGUGUAAUGGUCGCAGAAUAAUAGUUGAUCACACGAUGUAGCAAUUGUGCAAUACUACUGUUACUAUAAUGAAUAACUUCCAGAUGUACAACCCCAAUUCCAAUGACGUUUGGACGUUGUUAAACAUAAAUAAAAACAGAAUACAAUGAUUUGCAAAUCAUGUUCAACUUAUAUUUAAUUGAAUACACAACAAAAACAAGAUAUUUAAUGUUCAAACUGACAAACUUUGUUUUUAGCAAAUAAUCAUUAAUUUAGAAUUUAAUGGCUGCAACACGUUCCAAAAAAGUUGGUACAGGGUCAUGUUUACCACUGUGUGACAAAACCUUUUCUUUUAACAACAUUCAAUAGACGUUUGGGAACUGAGGACACUAAUUGUUGAAGCUUUGUAGGUGGAAUUCUUUCCCAUUCUUGCUUGACGUACAGCUUCAGCUGUUCAACAGUCUGGGGUCUACGUUGUCGUAUUUUAUGCUUCAUAAUGCGCCACACAUUUUCAAUGGGAGACAGGUCUGGACUGCAGCCAGGCCAGUCUAGUACCCGCACUCUUUUACUACAAAGCCACGCUGUUGUAACACGUGCAGAGUGUGGUUUGGCAUUUUCUUGCUGAAAUAAGCAGGGGUGUCCAUGAAAAAGGCGUUGCUUGGAUGGCAGCAUAUGUUUCUCCAAAACCUGUAUGUACCUUUCAGCAUUAAUGAUGCCUUCACAGAUGUGUAAGUUACCCAUGCCAUUGGCACUAACAGCACCAUACCAUCACAGAUGCUGGCUUUUGAACUUUGCGUCCAUAACAGUCUGGAUGGCUCUUUCCCUCUUUGGCCAGGAGGACACGACAUCCACAAUUUCCAAAAACAAUUUGAAAUGUGGACCGGUCGGACCCCAGAACACUUUUUCACUUUGCAUCAGUCCAUCUUAGAUGAGCUCGGGCAGCAGUGAAGCCGUUUCUGGGUGUUGUUGAUAAAUGGAUUUUGCUUUGCAUAGUAGAGUUUCAAGUUGCAUUAACGGAUGAAGCGCCAAACUGUAUUUACUGAAAUUGGUUUUCUGAAGUGUUCCUGAGCCCAUGUGGUGAUAUCCUUUACACAUUGAUGUUGGUUUUUGAUGCAGUGCCGCCUGAGGGAUCGAAGGUCAGGGGCAUUCAAAUGUUGGUUUUCGGCCUUGCCGCUUACAUGCAGUGAUUUAUCCAGAUUCUCUGAAUCUUUUGAUGAUAUUAUGGACCGUAGAUGAUGAAAUCCCUAAAUUCCUUGCAAUUGUACGUUGAGGAACAUUGUCCUUAAACUGUUUGAUAUUUUCUCACACACUUGUUCACAAAGAGGUGAACCUCGCCCCAUCUUUGCUUGUGAAUGACUGAGCAAUUCAGGGAAGCUCCUUUUAUACCCAAUCAUGGGACCCACCUGUUCCCAAUUAGCCUGUUCAGCUGGGGGAUGUUCCAAAGAGGUGUUUGAUGAGCAUUACUCAACUUUGUCAGUCUUUUUUUGCCACCUGUGCCAGCUUUUUUGGAAUGUGUUGCAGCUAUAAAGUUCUAAGUUAAUGAUUAUUUGCUAAAAACAAUAAAGUUUAUCAGUUUGAACAUUAAAUAUCUUGUCUUUGUAGUGUAUUCAAUUAAAUAUAGGUUGAACAUGAUUUGCAAAUCAUUGUAUACUGUUUAACACAACAUCCCAACUUCAUUGGAAUUGGGGUAGUAGAUAAUACACCAUCAGUUAGAGCAGAGGUCACCAAUAUGGUGCCCGCGGACACCAGGUAGUUCCAAGGACCACAUGAGUAGCCAGCGGGCUGUUCUAGAAAUACCUCACCACUGAGAUGCAACUAGUUUUUUAAAAAAAAAAAAACACUUGCAUUGAUAUAAAUUUGGAAAUGAGAAUAUUUUUAAAAAACCUGGUAUAGUUCAAAUGUUCGCAACAAGUGAGUCGCAACAAUGAAGAUGACGAGUUGAUUCCCAAUAAUUUAAGCAGAUUUGUUAUUUUAGAAGCAUGUAUCAAACUGGUUGCACUUCGCAUCAAUUAGUAGCCUAUCCAAGUAGUAAAUCUCAGUUUCCAAAAGGUUGGUGAGCCUGUGAUACAAUAAGGAUGAUUGAAAGUACAUUUGUGUGAUGUGGGUAUUGAAAUCAAACAUGGUUGUGGUAAAUGCAUCUAAAUAUACUUGCCCAUUGCGCCUAGCUAAUAAUAAAGUGGCCUUUUUGCUUCUUGA